AUGAUGGGCAUGGACAUGGGCGGCUCGGGCUCGGGCAGCUCCAACACCACGAUGACGACUAUGAUGUCCGUCUUUUUCACAGCCACCAACACUCCUCUCUACUCACUUACCUGGACCCCGAGCUCCGUCGGCUCCUACGCCGGCACCUGUAUCUUUUUGAUUAUGCUCGCCGCGCUCUUCCGCGGUCUGCUCGCCUUCAAGGCCCGCGCGGAGUCCCGCUGGCUCGACGCCGAGCUCGAGCGCCGCUACGUUGUCGUCCCCGGCAAGCCUGUGCUCUCGCAGCAAAUCUCCCGGGACUCGGACGCCAAGCGCAUGAUCCUGUCCGAGAACGGCAUCGAGGAGGACGUCAUGGUCCUCAAGAAGCGCCACACCCAUGUGCGGCCCUGGCGCCUGUCGGUCGACCCGCUGCGCGCCCUCCUCGACACGCUGCUGGCCGGCGUCGGUUACCUGCUGAUGGUUGCAGUCAUGUCCAUGAACGUGGGCUACUUCAUGUCGGUGCUCGGCGGCACGUUCCUGGGCAGCCUGCUGGUCGGCCGCUACAUUGUGCUCAUGGAGCACUAA